ACGGUAGCCGCAGGGGCCAUUCCGCGUGCCGCGCUCCCGCCCCCUCUCCGGUCUCGGCGGCUCUCCAGAGCGCUUGUAAACACACCCAGAGGCUGUCAUGGAGGGGGAGGAGGAGGCGGCGGCGGCGAAAGGAGGCGUUUGGGGCCGCCUCCGGGGUCCGCUCUGCCAUUCCUGAACUGGCCCCUCGUCCCCGUGACUGUGGCAUCAGGGAAGCGAACUGUUAGGCGCGAGGAGGCAGCCAGAAUCAUAUCCCCUUCUUCCCCGGGGCGGGGGCCGGGCCGGCUGAGCCGGGGGAGGGCCCGGGGAGGGAGUGCCUGGCCGGGCCGGCCUGUCUGCCGAGAUGGAUGACAGUAAGGUGGUUGGAGGCAAAGUAAAAAAGCCCGGGAAACGUGGUCGGAAGCCAGCCAAAAUUGACUUGAAAGCAAAACUUGAGAGGAGCCGGCAGAGUGCAAGAGAAUGCCGGGCCAGAAAAAAGCUGAGAUAUCAGUAUUUGGAAGAGUUGGUAUCCAGUCGAGAAAGAGCUAUAUGUGCCCUCAGAGAGGAACUGGAAAUGUACAAACAGUGGUGCAUGGCAAUGGACCAGGGAAAAAUCCCUUCUGAAAUCAAGGCCCUCCUCACUGGAGAGGAGCAGAGCAAAUCUCAGCAGAACACAAACAGGCAUACCAAGGCCGGGAAGACAGAUGCGACUAGCAAUUCCUGGUGAAGAUCGUAUAAAGUGAGUCAGUGAUUGAAGCCACGGAGGAUGAAUGGGCAACAGUGUACUUCUUGGCUGCAUUUACUACCUGCUGCUCAGUAGUCGUCUCUGUAAAUCUGCAGUUGCUACCAAAAUGUGCGAUCAUAGGUCUCAAAGGAUCUUGCUUUAACUCUCCACACUUAGAAAAUGUACAAACAUUCAGGCCUGCUUUGGUUGGUAUUGCCACCUGUGACGUUUAACAUGUUGUGAUGCUUGAAAACACAGGAGUAGAGAAAAUGGGCGAAGAUGGUAUUUUUGCACCUUAACUCCACAUUGCUUUCUUGGUUAAUUUAUAUUCUUUCCAUGUGGUUUGUGUAGUUGUGUGUGUAAGUGUGUGUAGGUGUUACCUCCUUUCGUGUUUUUGAUUGCCCUCCACGAGAAACCAAAUGAGCUGAUGGCUAAGUUCUCAGCCUUGAUGGACCUAAUCUUAUUUCUUUGUAUUUACUUGAGUAAUGUAUAUUUUCUGCAUGAACCAUGAUUUCUCCUGUGAGCCAUUCCAGCAAAAGCUGUGAAUAUGUAUUAACAAAUAUAUACAUUUCUAUUUUUAUAAUCCAUAAUAAUAUGCCUGUUUUAAAUGGUGUACAUGUUAACGAUCCAUCAGGAAAACCCUCAAGACAGCCUCUGUUUAAAACAUUUGUUGCUGUCCUCUCAAGCUAUAUUUAUAAAAGUUUGGUAGGGCCAAAUCCAUACUUGGAGAAUAAUUAGUCAAAUUUUAUUUUUAAGUGAGAAGGAAUCUUUCAGGCAUUUCAGCAGCAUACAUGAUUUGACAACCUAGAGUGUGUAUGUAUGUUCAUGUUUCUGUUGUAUGUCUAUAUAUGUACGUGGGGAGGACAGGAGUGAAUGUUCACACACAUUUUCUUGUGUACUCAACUAAAUUGGGGAAUUCUUCUGAAGAAAAUAGGAUGAAACUGGCUACUGAGAUUUCAGUUUCUGCCUUGAGAUCUGGAACAAAACAAGGGACAAAUUGCUGGUAGAUCUAAUGGCUGCAGCCAUAAGCAGACCCUUAGUUUCUUCUCUGUUCUUACGAAUGUGUCCUGGGCUGAAAGCAGCGCACUGUGGGCGUGUGAGUGGUCUUGCUCUGACCAGGCCUCUGCCAUGCAGGGCAGCACCGCAGCUAGUGGGCCUCGCUGGAGACGCAGAAGGGCAGAGCAGUUCUUUCCAGAUCCCAUUAUAGCUGAGCUUCCUUCCUUCCUUCCUGGCUGUGCAGUGGAGUGAUGGUUGAGGAAUCGGCCCAUAAUAUGAUACACUCAUACAGACCCAGGACUCUUUGGAUUUCCCCAGUGAGGCACUUUAUCACUCCCUCUUCUCUUUCCCAUAGUUAAAGCAGGAGUUGUGUUCUCUAUUGCUGCUAAAUUAGACUUGUUCUUCACUCUAAUGAAGCAAAUAUUUGGCUUCCACACACAAUACUGGCAGUGUAAGAGGAGACACCAUAGUCUAGAUUGUCUUCGAGGUAGACCGUGAGAUGGACCACGUAGUUGAAGAUGACAAGGUACUUUCCUCCUUCUCUCAGGCCACGCGUUUGAACCAAGUGCCUCCCUUCUGCCUGAGUUGCUGAAGACCUCGUGUGCUUCGGUUGCACACUCGGAUCCCGAGUCUAGUCUACUCGUGUGUGACUACUGAUACCACUAGCCCAGCUUGUUGGGUCUAUGUUUGGGAAAUUGGGGGUUUAAGAGUAUUUAAUGUCUUUUAGGAUCAUAAAUAUAAAUAGAUUAAGGAUUGUUGAUAUUCAGGCCCUCAGGAUUUAAGUGUUUAAAUGGAACGUUCAGAUUGUAACUGGGUAUGUUUUUGCCUUCUGGUCUACUCAACUGUAUAUUUUUAUUUUGCAAAACAACCCAAGAUUUA